AUGACAAUUUCAGGUAUUGGGAUGUUAUCUGGAAUAAUACUGGACCUCAGACAACUCGAAAAAAGUAAUCUGUCUUUAUCUCUCUGGUUUUCAGCAACAAGUUUUGAAGUCAUAAUAGACAAUGAAAAUCAGACAGAAAUUUCAUUUAAAAGAACGUGGAAUGCUUCUCAAUCUGAUGAACCACCCUUAAACAUUGACAAAAGGUAUAUAAUGCUACGCGACGCGCCAGGAUUUUAUACUUACUCAAUCGUUGAACGUUUAGAAGGAUGGCCACUUUCGUAUAUCCAAAAUCUCAGGAUUGUGUUCAAGCUUCAAGAAGACAUGUUUCACUACAUGGCUGUCUCUGACGAGAGGCAACGGGUCAUGCCAAUGGAAGUGGAUCGAAAGACUGGCGAGGUGCUCGACUACAAAGAAGCUGUUCUUCUUACUAACCCGACUAAUCCAGAUUUAAAAGGAGAGGUGGAUGACAAGUAUUUCUAUACAAAUGAUAACAAAGACGGUAAAGUUUAUGGAUGGGUGAGUGCAAAUCCUCCAGUAGGAUUUUGGAUGAUUAUUCCAAGCAAUGAAUUUCGUACUGGAGGACCAUUUAGACAAGACAUUACUACACAUGUUGGUCCAACUGUACUUUCUGUAUUUGUUAGUACACAUUAUGCAGGAGAGGAUUUAGCUAUAAAAUUUCAACAAGGAGAACCAUGGAAAAAAGUUAUUGGCCCUGUGUUUGUGUAUCUUAAUUCAGAUGGUUCAGCUAAGGACAAUCCCUCCAUACUUUGGGAUGAUGCUAAGAAAAGGAUGAAUGAAGAAGUCGCAAGCUGGCCCUAUGAUUUUCCAGUUUCAAAAGACUACAACAAAUCUAAUCAAAGAGGAACAGUUAGAGGCCAAAUAUUUGUUAAUGACAGAUUUAUCAGUAAACAAGAUGUGCCGGCUUCCAAUGCCUAUAUUGGUUUAGCUCCACCAGGAGAUGCUGGAUCUUGGCAAAGAGAAAACAAAGGAUAUCAGUUCUGGACUAAAGCAGACGCUAAUGGGAAUUUUACCAUAGAAAAUAUUAUAUCCGGUACAUAUAACUUAUAUGCAACAGUCCCAGGAUUUAUUGGUGAUUACAAAUACACUUCAAAUGUACAAGUAACUCCAGGUUCUAGUAUUAAAUUAGGGAGUUUGGUGUAUAAACCUCCAAGAAAAGGAGCCACACUAUGGGAAAUUGGAGUGCCAGAUCGAACUGCAGCUGAAUUCUUUAUUCCAAAUGCACCUCCACAAUAUAAAGUUCACAAAUACAAAAACAACUCUGAAUCAAUUUUUCGACAGUAUGGUUUGUGGAAACAAUACAGUGUUUUAUAUCCUACAAAUGAUCUAGUUUACAAUGUUGAGACUAGCAAUUAUUCAAGAGACUGGUUUUAUGCUCAAGUUACUAGGAAUGUAGGAAUCAACAUAUUUAAUGCUACCACAUGGAGAAUUAUAUUCAAUCUUACCAGUGUUGACAAGGCCUCAAAUUACACUCUCCAACUUGCUCUUGCUGCAGCUCAUGAAGCUGAAUUACAAGUUCAUAUAAACGAUGAAAAAGCGCAAGAACCCCAUUUUACAACAGGAUUUAUAGGGGGAGAAAAUGCAAUUGCAAGACAUGGUAUACAUGGAUUAUAUUGGCUUUAUAGCAUUGGAAUACAAGGCAAUUUGCUUAGUAAAGGAGCAAACACAAUUUUUCUUACACAAACAAUAGCUCUCACUCCCUAUCAAGGAGUCAUGUAUGAUUAUCUUCGUUUAGAAGGACCUCAUCAGUGA